AUAAAUCUUUUUUCUCCUGCAGACCCCUUUGCUGAUGCAACAAAGGGUGACGACUUACUCCCGGCGGGGACUGAGGAUUACAUUCAUAUAAGGAUUCAGCAGCGAAACGGAAGAAAGACACUAACAACUGUUCAGGGAAUUGCAGAUGAUUAUGACAAGAAGAAACUUGUGAAAGCUUUCAAAAAGAAAUUUGCUUGUAAUGGUACCGUGAUUGAACAUCCCGAAUACGGUGAAGUUAUCCAGCUUCAAGGUGACCAGCGGAAGAACAUUUGCCAAUUCCUCUUGGAGAUUGGCAUUGUCAAGGAAGAACAACUGAAAGUUCAUGGUUUCUAAAAUACCUGUACUCUGAUGAAGAACCCUGCAGUAUUUGGUCUUACCUACUCUGGCUCUUCUGUGAAAAAUGAAUCUUUGCAGUGAAUGGACUUCCCUGUUACCUGAACACUUCAGAUUUGAUUCAGAUUUGCAUGACUGCGUGAAACAUGUGGUGUGUAGACUAGAAACACAUAAGAAAACUUCAGUAAGGUGGUAAUGAAGACACUUGUGAACUUCAACACAUUUCCAGUGGAAAUGUUUUAGUGAUGAUUGUUCAGUUUACUACUCUCCACCUGACUUAAAUGUGUGGGUUGUAUUAAAUUAGUGUGUGUGGUUGCUUAGAAAUAAAUGUUUAUUCAUAU